AUGUUCCUCAACUGGCCCUAUGCUGACCGUCUGAGUGGCAAAUAUGAAGGCUAUGCCAUCGACUUAAUGAAUGAAAUCGCGGAUAUCGUGGGCUUUGAAUAUCGGCUGUAUUUCUCUCCCGACGGGGCUUACGGUGUGGUCCGGGAUAACAAAGUGAACGGAAUGAUUGGCGAAGUGUAUAGCGGGGAUUUGGCCGAUUCUGACAUCAAAUACGGCACUUACAAAAUGGGCUCCACUUAUAACCUGUUCUCGGAGUCAAACGACCCGACCAUCCGUCGCAUGUAUACCCAUAUGACACGACAUCCCGAAGAUCUGGUCAAUAACGCCAAAGAAGGUGUCGAUAAAGUGAAUGGCAGUCGGUUUGCCUUUUUAGUGGAGUCCAGUUUCGCUGAGUUUCUGACCGGAAUGUAUUGCGAUCUGACUUUCAUUGUCGACACAAAUAACUACUUUCCCCGUCAGUACGCCAUAGCCCUGCCUAAGGACUCGAGUUAUUUGAAUAAAUUUGAUCACGCGAUCAGACGCCUCAAGAAAAGCGGACAAUUGGACAGAAUUAAGGGCCGCUAUACAUUAAUAUAA